GCCGCGCUCCCGGCGCUGCCCGGCGCUGCCCGUCGCGUCGCCGUCGGCGGCUUGCCCGCUUCCAAGAUGGCAGCGGCGGCAGCGGCGUCUGGCGUGUUCGGCCGGGCGGGCUGGAGGCUCCUGCAGCUGCGGUGCCUGCCCGUGUCCCGCUGCCGGCCAGCCCUGGUGCCACGUGCCUUCCAUGCGUCGGCUCUGCAGCUGAGGUCUUCAGAUGGGCAGAAGCAGCAGCCUCCCCCCUCUUUCUCCCAGCAGCAUUCUGAGACGCAGGCGGCAGAAGAUCCCAAUCCAGAGUCUUCUCGUCCGCCCCCCAGGUAUACAGACCAGGGUGGCGAGGAGGAGGAGGACCAUGAGAGUGAGGAGCAGCUGCAGCACCGCAUCCUGACGGCAGCCCUGGAGUUCGUGCCUGCCCAUGGCUGGACGGCAGAGGCGAUUGCGGAAGGAGCCCAGUCCCUGGGCCUCUCCAGUGCGGCCGCCAGCAUGUUCGGGAGCGAUGGCAGCGAGCUGAUCCUGCACUUUGUGACCCAGUGCAACGCUCGGCUCAUCCAGGUGCUGGAGGAGGAGCAGAAGCAGGUGCAGCUUAACCAGGCUGAGAAGAGGAAGACAGAUGAGUUCCUGAGGGACGCAGUGGAAACCAGACUGAGAAUGCUGAUCCCGUACAUUGAGCACUGGCCCCGGGCCCUCAGCAUCCUCAUGCUCCCUCACAACAUCCCAUCCAGCCUGAACUUGCUCACCAGCAUGGUUGACGACAUAUGGCAUUACGCUGGGGACCAGUCCACUGACCUCAACUGGUACACCCGCCGAGCUGUGCUGGCUGGCAUCUACAACACAACAGAGCUGGUGAUGAUGCAGGACUCCUCCCCAGACUUCGAGGACACUUGGCGUUUCUUGGAAAACCGGAUUAAUGAUGCAAUGAACCUGGGCCACACUGCCAAGCAGGUGAAGUCCACUGGAGAGGCACUGGUGCAGGGACUCAUGGGUGCGGCAGUGACGCUCAAGAACCUGACAGGUCUAAACCAGCGCCGGUGAAGAAGGACGAGUAUAAGCUAGACUGUCCAGAAGAAUACCUGCGAAUAUAUUUAAAGGGCAUCGAAAAGUAUGAUGUGCCAUCCACGGGACAGGGUGUUAAUGAGAAAACACUGAAAGACUCCUGAGUCACCAGCACAGCCACCUGGAAACCACAGGGCACUUGAUACAGCCAUAGGCUGGGAUUGGGCCACUUUUUCAGUUCUGUUACCAGGUCCGGCCUCCUGACGCCUCUCUGCAUUGCAGCUGUGCGAUUGACAAAUAAAGCUCCCGUGCAAGCAUUCAAGCCACAGAAGCCCAGCGCAUCCCUGCCAUGGUCUCACGGUCACUUCAGUCAUAUCUCAGCCUUCCUGGAAAUGCUCUCUGGGACUCCCAAGUUAGAGCCAGAGCCAGCCAAAGCAGCAGCUGAUCCACAGCCCAGCCCAGACACGUGCACCCAGAGGCGUUCCUUGCAGCCCUUUCCUCCAGCCUGAGAUGCUGCACUGGGGACCCCCUCCGGGAGCUGCCUGCCUGAGACUGGUGCCUGCUGGACCGUGGUUCACAGCCUGGCCAGAGGUGGCCCCAGACCUGGCGAUGCACUACACCAGCGUGCGUGACAGGAUUAUUAGUGAACUCAGAGUCUGUAAAAAUAAUAAAUAUGUUUGAAUCAGUUUCC